UGGCCAUCCUCCGCCAGGAACACGCCUUCCUCCUCCUUCCGGACAUCCCUCUGCACCGGGCUCUGUCUCCUAAAGCCACUUCUCUGGGCACCCCCAGGUCCCCUCUCAGGGUUAUCCCUCCCACGUGGGCCCUGGAACUGUGUGUGAGGCCCAGCGGCCCCGCCCUUCUGCCUGGAGCCCCAGGCUUGGUGCGGCCCCUGCCCCUCGAUGCUUCAGGGGGAAGCAAAGAAAGUGAGGCACUCAGCGCUGUAGGGCGCCGAUCGACUGUAUUCUUGCCAACCCUCACAUCUCUCCCCAGAAUGAAGACCAACGACCCGGCAGCAGCCCCCCAAGAUGCUCUGGGUGUGGCCUCGGGAACCCCACAGCAGAACAGCCAGAAGGCAGAGGAGAACCCCAGCUUCCUGGACGUGCUCCUCCGCGACUUCCCAGCCCCGCUGGGCCCGGAGAGCCCUUUGCCAUGGAAGGUCCCAGGGACGAUGCUGAGCCAGGAGGAGGUGGAAGGCGAGCUGGCUGAGCUGGCCAUGGGCUUCCUGAGCAGCAGGAGCGCUCCGCUGCCACUUGCUGCCUGCCUGGCCCACGAGGCAGUUUCCCAGCUGCUGCAGACAGACCUUUCUGAGUUCAGGAAGUUGCCGGAGCAGGAAGAGGAGGAGGCCCCUGUGACCCUGCUGGAUGCUGCGGGCCUGGCGCGGAGCCUCUUUGACCGGCUCUGGGAAGUGUGCAGCCAGUGGCAGAAGCAGGUGCCCAUGGCUGCCCGGGUCCCGCAGCGGCAGUGGCUGGUCUCCGUGCACGCCAUCCGCAACGCCCGCCGCAGGAUGGAGGACCGGCACGUGUGCCUCCCUGCCUUCAACAUGCUCUUUGGCCUAUCAGACUCUGUGGACCGUGCCUACUUUGCUGUGUUCGAUGGGCACGGAGGAGUAGACGCUGCGAGGUACGCAUCUGUGCACGUGCACGCUGUCACUGCCCACCGACCAGAGCUGCCCACUGACCCUGCGGGGGCCCUGCGAGCAGCCUUCUGCUGCACCGAUGAGAUGUUCCUUUGGAAAGCCAGGCGAGAGCGGCUGCAGAGCGGCACUACAGGGGUGUGCGCGCUCAUCACCGGGAACACCCUGCACGUGGCCUGGCUCGGGGACUCCCAGGUGGUCCUGGUGCAGCAGGGGCAGGUGGUGAAGCUGAUGGAGCCACACAGACCUGAGCGGCAGGACGAGAAGGACCGCAUUGAGGCGCUGGGUGGCUUCGUGUCCCACAUGGACUGCUGGAGGGUCAACGGGACCCUGGCUGUCUCCAGAGCCAUCGGGGACGUCUUCCAGAAGCCCUACGUGUCCGGGGAGGCGGACACGGCCUCACGGGCACUGACAGGCUCUGAGGACUACCUGCUGCUGGCCUGCGAUGGCUUCUUUGACGUGGUCCCCCACCAGGAGGUGGCCGGCCUCGUGCAGAGCCACCUGAUUGGGCAGCAGGGCAGCGGGCUGCACGUGGCUGAGGAGCUGGUGGCUGCCGCCCGGGAGCGGGGCUCCCAUGACAACAUCACGGUCAUGGUGGUCUUCCUCCGGGAUCCCCGAGACCUGCUGGAGCCAGAGACCGACGCUGUGCCGAGAAGCUAGGAGGUCCGGGCCCCGCCCGCAUGAUCCUUCCCUGCGGAUGCCUUAGGACACGGCAGGAGGUGGGCAAGUGACACCACCCACAGCCUCUGGCCCUGCUUGCGUCACCCCAUCCUGGUAGCUGCCAGGGGCAUCGCCUGUUCACAGCAGGCGGGGUGACAGUGGGAUGGUGGGAUGUCCAAAGGAAGCCCAAGAAGGAGACCUCAUGGAGGAGAAGGGGCCCAGGAAGUGGACAGGCUCUGGGCCCCAUUGGGUAGGGGUGGGACCAGAGGCUACAGGCAGCGGCCACAGCCAAACCAAAGACACUGGGCAUGCUCGCAGGGUAGCAGGACUCUGUGUGUGGGACCUUCGGGCAGAACCAGGGGCUGCAGACAUUUUCCAGUGCCCUGGGUGUCCAGCAAAGUUUUCCCAUCCGCCCCUCACUGUCCGUCACUGGGAGGGCUUGUAUGGACCGAUGUUCCUGUCUGGUCCUGGUGCCCAGCAGGUCCUGGCCGAGCCAAGUGGCUUCCCAAGUGGGGAGGGUGGCCUCAUGGGGAAGGGGGUGGCGCCAGGGGUCUGAUCUGUGGUGCCCACCAGUGACCUCCCUGGUUCCCGCUCACCCCUCGUGCACCAGGGAGGGAACGCUCAGACAAAGACACGUGUGUCUUGUUUGUGGGGUUUUUUUUUCCAGGGAAAAGUCUAAUUCAGAAGCAGUAUUUCAGGUUUUGUCCUUGUUCUGUCAGUGCCAAUAGGACCUGUUGUGUCAUAUAACUUAAGCAGAGCUCGGCACUUAUUUUAUUCCUUAGAAAACUUAAGAAUUGCUUUUUUUUUUUUUUGAGAAACUUCUUUUGCAGUAUUACUGGAUUUUUUCCCCUAAAUCAGGAUUGAAACACACUUUUCCAGGUGGUGUAAAUAAGCCAUUCAAGUGCCUUAAACAGCUUUAGGCAAGGCUGGAACUUCCGGGCGUGUGAUGGGUUCCCAUAGCACGUUUCAGUUUUUUCAAAAGCAGGAUUUGUUUUGUCAGAAUGGUAUAAUUUUGGCCAGAAUUCUUCCGGGAAGAGUUCUUUCUGCCUUUGUGAUACGCCGAUGAGAACGUGGGCUGGAGCUCGGGGCUCCAGAGUCGGGGUUACUGUGGCCCUGCCUCUCAUGUCUCUGACUGGACCCCAGGCUGAGGGACUAAGCUCCACCAGUGGGCGAGUCCUUGCUGCUGUUUGGAAUGUUCCAGAAGGUCUUGUGUAUUGGUAGUUGAAUUGGUUUCAACAGGAAACACACCUAAGGGGCUCUGCAAGGCCGAGGCAGCCUGAGGGUCUCCGGCUGUGUUUGGAGGCAGGGGGAUGCCACUGGGAGUCUGUCCUUCUCUGCCUGUGGAUGGUGGCCUCUGCUGCCUUGCUUUGCCCACAGCCCACCUGCCUGCUGACUCCCAUUGAGUGGGUAUAGGGUUGGAAGCGCAGGGCCGGGCAGGGGCUCCAGGCAGAGGUCAGGGCCCAGGGAGAGGGGUACCUGGGGGGAGGACCUGGGCUCCCUGUGGUGGGCAGGCUGCCACAGGCAGAGGCUGGCAGGUCUGGGAAGGGCAGUGGGUGGCUUAGCUGAGGCUUUAGAGGAUGUCACUGAGGGGGCUUGGUGCCGGGUCCCUGAGGCUGCGGGGUCCCAUGGAGGCGGUCAGAGUCCACCUGCAGUAGGAGGGCCCAGGACAGGCUGUGCAGGGCACACCCUGAUCCCGGCUGCACCAAGGGAGCCUCUGCCCCCCUCACCCAGGGAAGGGAGGGCGGUGAGAGCCCCUCCUAAGGCCAAUCCCCAGGAAGCAGGGGGACACCACCUGCAGGCUCAGCGUUUCCCCCGUCCCAGCAGGGAUGAAGCAGCUGAGACCACGUGCUCAGGGGCUCCUGGUAGAAAGCAUCUUUAGCAUGGUCACAAUUCAGAGAGCAGCUUUGGUGGCCCAGUGAGCAGGUGUUGCUCUGGCUAACCUGAAUGCCCUGCCUUCUGGGAGCCAUAGGCCCCCUCAUCGGCCCCUCCCGGGAUAGGGAUCAGCCAGCCCUCAGGUUGGGGUGGGGGCCCGAGGGAGCCCUGCCUCAUGCAACACCUGGGCACUGAGCCAUCCUCCCCUCUGGACAGGGCACCUUCAGCCUCUGCGAGUUCUGGCCCACUUCCUCUUCAGGUCACAGUCCCAAGAGGGCCAUUAGCCAGGGACACUGGUCUGGAAACCUCGGUUGCCUACUCAAACCCAAGCUUUGUCACUUGGUCAUUAUCUUUGUGCGUCCCUGGGCCUCAGUGUCCCCUUUGUACUGAGUCUGUUGCACUGAGUCUGUGCAGUUGCCACUGGAAUUCUGGAGGUGCUGGGCAAACCGGAGCGUCUUGGGGCGAUGCUGCCAGGGCUAAGGGCCCCUCCCCACGCCAGCAACGAGGGGUGAUUAAGUAUUAUUAGUAUCUAUUCUUAACAGUAAGUGGGCUGAGGAAGAAUCAAGCUACUGAUGCCAGCGCCUUCCUUAUAUGGAAAACAAAAGCCAGAGCUAUUGAGCCCUGCUUUCACAGGUUGGGCUGCUCCCAGGCAGCAGCGGUGGGGGAGGCCCAGGAGAGGGGCCAGCGCCAGUGCCGAAACCCCAGGGGGAAACACGGCCUCCCUGAUCCAGCCCAUCCUCAGCAUGCAGGACUAGGAACUGGUGUGUUUCAGGGGGAAGAGUGACGGGGGGCAGGCCUCACAGGGGAAGCACAGGCUGUCUGUCUGGGGUCCUGGGUCACCUUCUAGCGACCCCUGUCCUCCUUGGCCCAUCAUGCGGCCCCCCAUUGCCCCUUCCCCUGCAGCUAGAGUUCCACCGUGGACUCAGAUGUCCUGGCCACGUCUGCAGUAUUCAGAGGGUGGGGGCACAGCUGCACUGCUCCUGGGCCUGGCCCCAACCUGAGCCAAAUGGAGACCAAGUGGGCAUUUGCAGAAUGAGCUCUUGGGUUUGAUUCUGGCUGCAGCCCCAAGCGGGCAGCCCCGGAGGCCUGCGCUCUUCCCCGAGGCUCCACAGCUUUGCCAAAUGCACCUGCAGCCUUGCCAAGGGUUUAUCCAUGCACAUCUUGGUGCACUUCCUGGAAGUGUUCUGUGCGAGGAGGUCUUGUUCCCAGACAGGGUGGCUGUUUCCCCAUCCAAGGGACAAGUCCCAGGGGCCUCUGUGCUCGUGUCAAUAAACCACAAGCUCUGA